AUGCAACCCUUCAACAGACUCGCCGGCGUAGAAGAAGUCUCAAACAUUCAAAACCAUCCACCACCACCUCCAAUCCCCGAUAUCGAAUCACAACCAGCACACAGCCUGCACUCCCGACCCUCACGAGCUUCUCUGCCCGUAAACCGCAAACCCAGCAGACGCACUCUGCACGAACAAUCCAGUCGCAACUCCCUGCGAGCACCAAGUCUACAUCCCAGUCUUCUGCCACCGAUCACACAAUGGCAAGGCAUUCCCAAUGUAGACUACACGGCUAGUGCACACAGCCACGACACACAUUUGGAUGAUGAAUUGCCUUGGGGUCCUUCGCAUCCUUGUUUCCCGCAUUUGAAUCCUCAUGUUGCGCUUUCAUCGCCUGUUCACGCAAGUACUCGUGUCAUCAGAAUACAGCGAGACUGGUUGGCUGCAGGAGACCUCUACCCAGCCCUUCAGAACCUAUAUCCCGAGAUUCUGGACUUGUGGAUGUCUGAAUCCGAAUUCAGAAACGUUAUUGAGACGUUGAAUCCCAUGUUGAAACAUGCAUUUGAGCCGAAUACUUGGGCCAGUUGGUUUGAUGCUCUGAUGGGCGUUGCGACUGGAUUCUUGUGGGACAACUUUGGCUGGACUGGGGUCAAAAGAGGAGUAAGAGACAUGGAGAGGUGGGUCGAGGGUUGGAACACUGAGGCUGAAAGGGAAGGUAGAGAAGUCAGGUUGAUUGAUCUGAGAAGGACGGGCUUUUUGAGUCUUGAUAUCCAGAUACCUGAUCCGCAUAUUGACGUCGGUGAUGGGGAGGUCAUGUCGAUGUGA